ACCUCUUCGCGCCAGCCUGCGCCCGCCUCUUCCCGUUCCGGAAGGACGGCACCUUCCCCAGGCGCUCUGGCCGGGGACCGAGUUCAGGAGGAGGAGAUGAGGGAGGCGGUGCCGCCUUCGCUCCGCCCCGCACAGCGGCGCCGUUGCCGGGCAGCCGCCGCCAUGGGUUCGCUGCGGGAGCGCUGCGCCAGGGUUUUUGAAGUGUGUGAUGAAGGUAACAAAGGCUAUUUGAACAGAGAGGACUUUGAAGUUGCUGUAGUAAUGUUGUUUGGUUAUAAGCUCUCAGAGGUGGAGGUGGAUUCAAUAAUGUCUUCUGUGAGACCAGAAAAUUCAGGUAUAUUAUUUGAAAAGUUUUUAAAUCUCAUGAGUGCAAAGAAAUCUGCACAACUGUGUAGUGAUGAAACAAGAGAAAUAUUCACAGCUUUUGACAUGCAAGAGAGGUUGAUCAGGAUUCUGAUGGGCGCAUCAGCUUCAAAGAGUUUGAAUGCGCAAUGAAGCACGGACAAGAUGAAGUAUCACCAUUGUACUUUGCCUGAAGUAUGCUCUCUGGUGAAAAGACAAAGUGGAAACUUUAGAUCUCAAGUUAUUUAAAAAUCAAUGAUACUUCAUUUGUUUCAGCCAGAAUUUUAAGAACUUUGACUGUAAGUGUAGCUCUGAAGAACAGCCUUUGAAGCUUUACUGUUGACAAGUUGGGUGUAUUAAUUUACAUGUGUAUGUGUGCAUAGAAUACUUAAAAUACUUGAAAACUCUGUUGAUUCCCAGUCAUCCUAGUUAGGAAAUGCAAUGCUGUACUUUUUGGCUUAGAAAGAAAAGAACUGACUCUGAUUUGCAGUUAUUGUGAAAUGUACUCAUUUGAUAUUUCAACAGCCUUUUGUUGGCUGACCAAAAUCUCACAUAUGUAGAAACUGAUUAAAAUUAUGGUGGAUAAUGCUUGCUUCUUAGAAAUUAAUAGUAUAUUUGUCUUUCCUUUAUGGUUUCACUUUCAUAUAGUGUUCUUUUUUAUAUUGCAAAUUAUUUUUAAUUUAACAGUUUUUAGUUAAUUAUCUACCAGAUUUAAUUCUGAACAAUUGAGAACUGUGUGUUUAUAGUAAAAAAAAAAGAGGAUAAAAUGAACAUGAAUAAUUAGUUAUUUCCUUUUGAAACAAUUUUCUAAAUUGAGUUAAGAAUAAAACUUGGUCUGCUUCAUGAACUUCAAUUUGGCAUACUGAAAAUACUAUUCAAGCCUACCACUGACUUUUAGUGAAGAAUUUGUAUGGAUGUGCUUUAGCAGCAUCAAGGAAUUUUCUAAUUGUUGAGAAGAAGAAAAAGGUAGCAUUUAUCACUGUGGACACAUCUACCUUCUCCUCUCUUUCCUUUUCUUCCUUCUUCCUUCCCUCCCCACUCUUUCAUUGGGUUACUGCUUAUGGAGAUGUUCUUGCCCCCUGUAACUUUAUAUACACUCAUUCAAGCAGUGCUAUAGUGAGAUAAAUCCUCUUAUUCGAUGUAUUUUAUCAGUGAUCCCUGAUUUCCUACUGCCUUUGUGUGUUCAUAUUAGUAGUAAUAGAUGAUAGAGAUUUCAUUAUGGGCAUUGAUCUCUGAUCAUUUUUCAUUCUGUUGCUCCAUUUCUGUUUUCUUGCUAGUUGUUAAGCUGCUUGAAUUAGAGAUUCCUUCUGAAAUUGUGCAGAAGCAAUGCCCUCCUCCUGUGAACUUAGAGACUGUAGCACACACUUAAUGCUACUGUAAAUAAGUAAACCAAGAAUAAUGAUCACAUAAGACGAAAAGAGUAUCAGUUCUACUGUUAAAUCAAAAGAGAAAUCUUCAAUAUCUUCCUAACUUUAGUGAGGCAUUCCAAAGUAUAAUGCAUGGGCAAAUUGUUAAUAAAAUAACAUCUGUUUUCUAUUCCAGUUUCCUUGGAAAUUGUACUUUACUAGACACACAAAAAGUGAAAUCUUCUUUACUUCCCAGGCAGAUAGUACAUAAAUAAUGGAAUGAAAUUGGAGGCACUGAAUACAUGAGCAGAUAUAUUCAAUUCUAUGUUCAAGAACCAGGUAUCCAUUAGAUGAAAUGAGCUGUAACUCAAAUAGCAUGCUAAUCAGUGCAAGAGAAAUGGUGUUACCUCUGAAAGGUGAUGGAAAGACCUGCUAAUAGAUAGAUGGUUAGCCUUGGAAGUGGUAUUUCCCAACAGAUGAAUGUUUUCGUAAGAGAGUCAUCAUCAUGGAUGUUAAUUAGCAAUAUCAUCACAGUCUCUGCUGAGACACAGAAGAUUGAAUUAUUAUUCCACAGGGAGAGUUGCUACAGGUCUAGACACGUUCAUGAAAAAAAUGUAUGAUGAGUUGCUGUGCCAUUACUUACACUACAUUUUUUUGGUCAAUGUACUUCAGUCUACUGACACAGGUGUCCAGUCCUUAUACCUGUCCCAAACACUAAUUCCAUGCAGUUUUAUUUUAUUUAUUUCAAAUUAAUUAUUGAUUAAGGAGCAACUGAUGUGAAGUUUCUAUCUUACAGAAAUCUCAUUUUCACUACUAGCUUGCAUUUAGCCAUUAAAAAGUCUGUGAUGUCUUGUUAAUAUUUCUAACCUGACUGUAGUUUUCUAUUUAAAUGUCUGACAAUAUCUGCACUUUAUAGACUCUGUACAACAAUAACCUUCUGUUGAAGAUUAUUAUGGACAGAAAGGUCUCUGUAUACUUUUCCUUCUAAGAAAUAUAUAUCUUGUAUUUGUAGCAAGGAACUUCAGAGAAGAAAAUGCCCUCUAUUUCUUUUACUUCUAUACACUCUCAUUCCUCGAUUUCUGAGAGACUUUAAAAGUAUGAACUUGAAUUAUUGAGAAUAGAAAAUCCAAGAGAGGUGAAUGAAAUUAUUUUACCAUGUUGCAAAGGUUUGUUGUUGUUGUUUUUUAAACAUGAUUUUUUAGAGAAGUUCUAUUCUUAAGCAUUCUUGCUUCCCCUCCCAUGAGGCCUUCUGGAAAGAAAUUGCAGAUGACCACAGCUGAGUGGAACUGAGUAGGCUCAGGUGAUUCAGUUCCUGCUGUACAGCUGUAUAAAAGCUAAUUACUAGCUAACGUUUAUUGGAGUUUAGUUAGCAAACUGCAGAACACUUCAGCUAUCAUUGCAAAUUGAUAAAAUUACAAAUGACAUGUAGUGGGGUGGGUGAAAUGGAAGAUUAUUCUCACUAAUGAUUUGGGAAACAAAAACAGCAGCUACCCAAGGAUUAGAUGAAAGAUGCUUUUCAUUUUUGUAUAUGUUCUGUUGCUGAUAUAACAGCUUCCUUUUUGUUCAACAGGAAAGGACUGGCAGAGCUGUGAUCAGCAUAGUUCACCAGCUGUAAUGCUAGGCUUCCUUAAAGGGGAAUAUACACUCAUCAACAGGUUAUGUUCUUACUUGUAAUAUUUCCUAGCAACAAUAAUAGAAGGUCAGGAGAAAAAAAAAAAGUUUAGUUUGACAACAGCAAUCUUUGGCAGAAUCUUGGGAGCCAAAUUGGGUCUGAACCUCUACAAAUGGAAAGCUGAACAUAAGAGCAAGUUAUUACUGAUACGUCCCAUGGAACAGUACAGAGGUGAGUCUUCAGGUUUUACUGUUAUACUGACUUUUUCAGGUUUAAGAGCACAUUUGCUUUCCCAUUGUGUCAAUUUUUUGGUCUUGUUUUCUGAUUCCUAUUACUUAACAAGCUGGAUUUGCUUGUUAAGAAAUACCUGUGAAAAGCAUAUUUACAUUUGAGUUUUCAAAUGAGUGAUAAUCUGCUCAAAUUAUUUUCGUGUGGAUACUUUGUAUGCUUAGCUCAUUGCAGCUACUUUAAAGCAAAUAGAUUAUAUAACCAUGCUUUCAAAAUGUAUUUGCUUUGUUCUCCUGGAACUUCUGUAAUUCACUAAAGCUCUCGGAAUCUAGUUAUGUGUUAUUUCCUUUUAAAUGACUUGAAUGAUAUCAUGGAUGGAAUGAGCAGUUGUUAAACUGUGUUCUUUGGGUAACCUGAUAUCCCUGGUAGCUUUCACAGUGUUAGUAUUGUGAAAUCCAGGACAGCUUUGACUGAAAAAGGGUUCAGAGCCCAAUAUCAGGACUUUCCUCACUGGAAUGUUUUGUUUCCUUUUUUUCCUGGUGUAUCAGAAAAUGAGUAUUUCAUCCAUGUACUCAGUAAUCAGAAGAAUCCAAAGUAAAUACGUGCACGACAUCAUAGAAUGUCAAGUGUGUCCCUGUGAGGUUCCCAAAAUAAAACUUAGUACCUUA